AUGGCGAUGAAUGGUUUGUCCAAGAUGGCUGUAGCCGCUCUGCUCCUAGUCCUGACCAUUGAUGUGGGUGAGGCAGCAGGAUGGGUUAGUGGUGUGGACUACACAACUUGGGUUAGUGGAAAGACUCUCAGGGUUGGUGACAGUCUAGAGUUCAAGUAUGGUUCUACACACUCAGGGGAAGAGGCGAGCAAAGCCGGGUACGAUAGUUGUGGUGGAGGCAUAGCGACCAAUAGUCAUUCUGGUGGAGACACCAAAAUCGAUCUUGAGACAGUAGGAACAAUGUAUUUCCUCUGCCCUACGCCUGGUCACUGCAUCAAUGGCAUGAAGCUAGCCAUGAGCCGGGCUUCUACUCAGGCCCGGCUCUGCUCCCACCCCAGGUUCGCCGCAGUCUGA